UCGAAGCAGAACUCUCCCGUCUUUCCUCUGAUGAGGUUCUAACGAAUAGUGCCUUUGACAUUACAUCUAUUUCGAAAUAGACUUUCAUCAUCACUCUAAACAACAACAAAAAAAAUACGUGUCAAAUCUCGUUCCUUUUUUUCUCAAAUCGUAUCCAUUAAACGUGAACGGAAAAAAAAAAUAAUUUUCGGAGUAAAAAACAUUUGAACAAAAAACAAAAAAAAAAAAUUUGUUACAGUGAAUUAUUGAGUAGUGACUCAAAUUUUGUUUUCGUUUUUCUCUCUCAUAUAAAAAAGGAUUUUUUUAUAAAAAUUUAAAAAUUCAGGAAAAAGAGAAAAUGUUGGCGGCAUCAUUUUGCCGGGAGUUGCAUUUUACUGUGUUACCCCCAACGAUAAAUUCGAGGGUGCCACGCUGUUUGUUUGGCAGUCCAAGCACCAAGGAUACGAUGGAUCUUCUUCAAGAUGCUUUGGACAUUGAGAGAACAAGAUUUGCCAGUAAAUGGGGAGUUGAUCCUAGAUCAGAGAAUGAUAAGGAAAAUAUUCUUCCAAGGUUUGAGAAAGUUGAGAGAUCACCACGAAAAAGAUGCAGUCCAUACUCGAGGCAAACUAAUAUUCAUGAUUAUUGGAAAUCUCGCAAACUCAGCGAAGUAGGCAAAAAAUCAUCGAAUAAUUUGGAAAACUCCAAUUGCAAUAAGCAGCAAAAUACGGAAAAUAAGCCGUCAUCAUUGAACUGAAAUAUCAAUAGGAAAAUCGAGAGAUAUAUUUUUAUUAGUGUCAACGGAUUUUUUUCUUCCAAAGAAUUCGUGGAUCACGUUUACACUAUAAGAAACAAAAAAAAAAUCUUGUAUAUUUAUUUUCACAUUUUUAACACAUUGUAAUAUAGCGUUUCUAUUAAUUUUUUUUUGAUUAUUUUGCAACAUUUAAAGCUUCUGGUAGUGGUGUACUAAUGUCGAAUUAUUGUACUAUUUUGUAAAUAAUUUUCACGGUGAUUAAUGGAGGUUUGGGUGGACCUUCGUGAAACUUAGGACGUCAAAACGUUUCUCGAAAUCUUUAUUGUAAAUGAAAAAAAAACCAAAUUUUAUUUUUAAUGCUAACUCCAUAAAAAAAGUGUAAUUUCUAAUUUAUUACAUAUUUUAACUUUACAACAAAUAAUAAUAGAAACAGUUUUUCUUUUUUCAAAGAAUAAAACUGAUUUAUGUCACAUUUUAAUUACGUUAAUUAAUUUUUCGAUUUUCCUCACUACAAGGCUAGUGAAUGAGAAACGUUUAAGAAAUGAAAUAAAAUAUUAUUUUUGAUUAUCACGAGACAAUAUUAUAAUUCUUUUGUGGUAAUCAAAAAUUUGAGUGUAUUUUUUUUUUUGAAUUCUUUUUGAGACGAAUUAUGCCACGAUGUUCCACCAAAAGCCUGAAACUGUUGGUUCUUAGAGGAACAACGAUGCAGCGCCUCCAAAGAGUAACUUAAUUAUUAUAAAUGAAAUUAAGUCUUCGAAUUCAAAAAGAAGCGAAUCGAAGCAAGUCCUAUGUAUAUCUGAAUUUAGACAUUAAGGAAAUUUCUAGUCAUCUAGAUAAUUAAGAAUAAUAAAUGAUUUCUAUUUCAUCAAAAAAAAA